GCAGCAACAAUAUGGCGACAGCCGCAUUUACUCCCGGCUCUUUCCCACAUCUGCAGUUCGGUGACAGCUGUCUGGAUUUCUGUUAAUGCGAGAAAAAAGCUGGAUGUCUGGGAUGGAAAACAAAUAAAGAGGAAAUAGCUGCAGGAUGAAAACAUGGCCGCACCCCUUCUUGCACCCCCAGGACCUGACAGCUUCAAGAAAUUCACCCCGGAGUCACUCGCUAAUAUCGAGAAACGCAUCAAAGAAGAGAAGAACAAGAAGCCGCCCAAGCCAAGAUCAGACAGCAGUCACCGCGACACAUCCGACGAAAAUGAGCCCAAGCCCAACAGUGACCUGGAGGCUGGGAAGAGCCUGCCGUUCAUCUACGGCGAUAUCCCUGAUGGAAUGGUGGCCACACCACUGGAGGAUUUGGACCCGUUCUACAUGAAUCAGAAAACGUUUAUAGUCUUAAACAAGGGGAAAACAAUCUUCCGCUUCAGUGCCACGCCCUCCUUGUACAUCAUAAGUCCUUUUAAUCUACUUAGGCGAAUAGCUAUUAAAAUUUUGAUACAUUCGCUAUUCAGCAUGAUCAUCAUGUGUACGAUUUUGACCAACUGCAUAUUCAUGACAUUCAGUGAUCCCCCGGAGUGGUCCAAGCAAGUGGAAUAUACCUUUACAGGUAUCUAUACAUUUGAGUCACUCACAAAAAUUGUUGCCCGAGGUUUUGCCAUCGACGGGUUCACCUUUCUCAGAGACCCUUGGAACUGGCUGGACUUCAUGGUCAUUUCAAUGGCAUAUAUAACAGAGUUUGUGGACCUUGGGAAUGUCUCGGCGCUGAGAACGUUCAGGGUUCUCCGAGCACUGAAAACUAUUUCUGUCAUUCCAGGCCUGAAGACCAUUGUGGGUGCUCUAAUCCAGUCUGUGAAGAAGCUGUCGGACGUGAUGAUCCUGACCGUCUUCUGUCUCAGUGUCUUCGCUCUGAUUGGACUGCAGCUGUUCAUGGGGAACCUGCGGAAUAAAUGCGUGAUCUGGCCGAUCAACAUGACGGCUCUGUACCCGCCGAAUGGCAGCCGGGCUUUUGACUGGGGUGAAUACAUCAUGAACACCUCUAAUUUCUACUUCCUCCCUGGUCAGCUUGAUGCUCUGCUAUGUGGAAAUAGUUCUGACUCAGGACGAUGUCCAGAGGGUUUUACAUGUAUGAAAGCUGGAAGGAACCCCAACUACGGUUAUACCAGCUUUGAUAGCUUUGGAUGGGCUUUCCUCACCCUCUUUCGUCUCAUGACCCAAGACUUCUGGGAAAAUCUCUACAUGCUGACUCUUCGAGCUGCAGGGAAGACGUACAUGAUCUUCUUUGUGCUGGUCAUCUUUGUGGGCUCCUUCUACCUGGUGAAUCUCAUCUUGGCUGUGGUGGCCAUGGCUUAUGAGGAGCAAAACCAAGCCACGAUUGAAGAGGCACAGCAGAAAGAGGCAGAAUUCAAAGCCAUGCUCGAACAGCUCAAGAAGCAACAGGAAGAGACUCAGGCUGCUGCCAUGGCAACAUCUGCUGGCACUGUGUCAGAGGCUGCGUUAGAAGAUGAAGGUGGGGGGCACUUGUCCCGCAGUUCCUCAGAGGUCUCCAAGCUGAGCUCCAAGAGUGCAAAAGAGCGUCGCAAUCGCAAAAAGAAAUGGCGACAAAAAGAACAGGAGAAAGAGAAAGGAGACAGUGAGAAGGUGGUUAAGUCCGAGUCAGAUGAUGGCAGCAAGAAAAGCACCAUUCGAUUCCCAGGGAGUCGACUGGGAAGGAAGACGUCCAUUAUGAACCAGUCACUACUCAGCAUCCCAGGCUCACCCUUCAUGUCGCGCCACAACAGCCGCAGCAGCAUCUUCAGCUUCAAAGGCCGUUCCAAGGACAUGGGCUCAGAGAAUGAAUUUGCAGACGACGAGCACAGUACAGUAGAGGAGAGCGAAGACCGUAGAGGAUCCCUGUUUAUACCUUACCGUCGCAACAGCUACAGUGGCUACAGCCAGGGCUCAUCACGCAUCCAUCCGCUGGCACCUCACUCUGGAGGGAAGAGGAACAGCACAGUGGACUGCAAUGGCGUGGUGUCUCUCAUCGGCCCUGGGCCCGGCAGACGGCUUCUGCCUGAGGUGAAAAUAGAUAAGGCAGCCACUGAUGACAGUACUACAGAUGUUGAGAUUAAGAAGAAGCACUCUGGCUCUCUCAUGGUGUCUGUGGAUCAGCUCAACUCCUCCUUCAAAGGGAAGGACCGUGCCAACAGUCAAAUGAGUGUAGUCACCAACACUCUGAUAGAGGAAUUGGAGGAGUCUCAAAGAAAGUGUCCUCCCUGCUGGUACAAGUUUGCUAACAUCUUUCUCAUCUGGGAAUGCUGUCCCAUGUGGCUAAAACUCAAGCACAUAGUCUACUUGAUUGUCAUGGACCCCUUUGUUGACCUGGCCAUCACCAUCUGUAUUGUUCUCAACACCCUUUUCAUGGCCAUGGAGCACUACCCAAUGACUCCACAUUUUGAAGAGGUCCUGUCUGUUGGAAACCUGGUUUUCACUGGCAUCUUUGCUGGGGAGAUGUUUGCCAAGCUAAUUGCAAUGGAUCCCUACUAUUACUUCCAGGAAGGCUGGAACUGCUUCGAUGGCUUCAUUGUGACUCUGAGUUUAGUUGAGCUGGGACUGGCUGAUGUGGAAGGCCUGUCAGUGCUCAGGUCUUUCCGAUUGUUGAGAGUGUUUAAAUUGGCCAAAUCAUGGCCAACACUCAACAUGCUGAUCAAGAUCAUUGGCAACUCAGUGGGAGCUCUGGGUAAUCUAACCCUGGUGUUGGCCAUCAUUGUCUUCAUCUUUGCCGUGGUGGGAAUGCAGCUAUUUGGCAAAAACUACAAGGACUGUGUGUGUAAGAUUGCGGAAAGCUGCGAGCUGCCACGCUGGCACAUGCAUGACUUCUUCCACUCCUUCCUAAUUGUGUUCAGAGUGUUGUGUGGGGAAUGGAUUGAGACCAUGUGGGACUGUAUGGAGGUGGCAGGACAGACAAUGUGUCUAACGGUCUUCAUGAUGGUCAUGGUGAUUGGUAACCUAGUGGUGCUGAACCUGUUUCUGGCCCUGCUGCUGAGCUCAUUCAGUGCAGACAACCUUGCUGCCACCGAUGAUGAUGGUGAGCCCAACAACCUCCAGCUCGCGGUUGCUCGCAUUAAGCUUGGGAUUGCCUGGUUCAAGGCAAACAUGCGGGUUUUUGUAGCCACAAUGCUAAAGAAGCCUGUCGAAGAUGAACAGAAGCCUUUGGAUGAAAUGUAUGAGAAGAAGCUCAACUGCAUUGCAAAUCACACAGUGGAUAUCAAUCGAGGACUGGACUAUGCUAAAAAUGGCAAUGGGACCACCAGCGGAAUUGGGAGCAGUGUGGGAAAGUACAUGAUUGAUGACGACUACAUGUCCUUCAUCCACAACCCAAACCUCACUGUCUGCGUUCCAAUCGCUGUUGGCGAGUCUGACUUUGAAAACCUUAAUACUGAAGAUUUCAGCAGUGAAUCCGAUGUGGAAAACAGCAAAGAUUUGGAUGACACCAGCUCGUCUGAGGGCAGCACAAUAGACAUCAAGCCUGAUGUGGAGGAGGUGGCAGUGGUGGAGGUUGUGGAGGAGUACCUUGACCCAGAGGCCUGCUGGACAGAUGAGUGUGUGGCCAAAUAUAAGUGCUGUGAUGUUCCCAUUACUCACGGCUGGGGGAAAUACUGGUGGUUCCUGAGGAAGACCUGCUACCUGAUAGUGGAACACAACUGGUUUGAAACCCUGAUCAUCUUCAUGAUCCUGCUCAGCAGUGGGGCCCUGGCCUUUGAGGACGUGUACAUAGAACAGAGGAAGACAGUCCGUAUCAUCCUGGAGUAUGCUGAUCGUGUUUUCACCUACAUCUUCAUCCUGGAGAUGUUGCUGAAAUGGGUGGCUUAUGGCUUUGUCAAGUACUUUACAAAUGCCUGGUGCUGGUUGGACUUCUUCAUUGUUGAUGUGUCUAUAGUCACCCUUAUAGCUAAUGCGUUGGGCUACUCCGAUCUAGGCCCGAUUAAAUCACUCAGGACACUGAGGGCCUUGAGACCCCUCAGGGCCCUGUCACGUUUUGAAGGGAUGAGGGUUGUAGUGAAUGCCUUGGUGGGUGCAAUUCCCUCAAUCAUGAAUGUGUUGCUGGUGUGUCUCAUCUUCUGGCUCAUCUUCAGCAUCAUGGGUGUCAAUCUGUUUGCUGGAAAGUAUUACUAUUGUUUCAAUGAGACAGCUGAGGAGUACUUUCUACCGCAUGAGGUGAACAACAAAACAGAGUGCUUCGCACUCAUCAGUGAAAACUAUACUGAAGUCAGAUGGAAGAACGUCAAGAUCAAUUUUGACAAUGUGGGCGCGGGAUACUUGGCACUCCUACAAGUGGCAACAUUCAAAGGCUGGAUGGACAUCAUGUAUGCAGCAAUAGAUUCUAGAAAGGUGGAGGAUCAGCCCAUUUAUGAGGACAACUUGUACAUGUACAUCUACUUUGUCAUAUUCAUCAUCUUUGGCUCAUUCUUUACCCUAAACCUCUUCAUUGGUGUCAUCAUUGAUAACUUCAAUCAACAAAAGAAAAAGUUUGGAGGUCAGGAUAUCUUCAUGACAGAAGAGCAGAAGAAGUAUUACAAUGCAAUGAAGAAACUAGGGUCCAAGAAACCACAGAAACCAAUACCCAGGCCCCAGAACAAAAUCCAGGGCAUGGUGUUUGACUUUGUGACGCAGCAGGUGUUUGACAUCUCCAUCAUGAUGCUCAUCUGCCUCAACAUGGUCACUAUGAUGGUGGAGACAGACGAUCAGUCGGAGGAGACAGAGAAUGUGCUUUACUGGGUCAACUUUGUCUUCAUUGUUGUCUUCACUGGCGAAUUUUUACUGAAGCUCUUCGCACUACGUCACUAUUACUUCACCAAUGGCUGGAACAUUUUCGAUGUGGUUGUGGUCAUCCUUUCAAUUGUGGGAAUGUUUCUGGCUGACCUGAUUGAGAAAUACUUCGUCUCACCAACACUGUUCAGGGUGAUCCGUCUGGCUCGUAUCGGCAGGAUCCUGCGUCUCAUCAAGGGGGCCAAAGGAAUCAGAACUCUUCUGUUUGCCCUUAUGAUGUCACUUCCUGCCUUGUUCAAUAUUGGCCUCCUUCUUUUCCUGGUUAUGUUCAUUUUCUCCAUCUUUGGAAUGUCUAACUUUGGCUAUGUGAAACACGGGGCUGGAAUUGAUGACAUGUACAAUUUUGAAACCUUUGGCAACAGCAUGAUCAUCCUGUUUAUGAUCACCACGUCUGCGGGAUGGGAUGGCCUUCUGCUGCCUAUUCUGAACUACCCUCCGGACUGUGACCCCUACUUUGAGAACGCUGGGACCCCUGUUACGGGAGACUGCGGCAACCCAUCGGUGGGCAUCUUCUUCUUUGUUAUGUACAUCAUCAUUUCUUUCCUGAUUGUAGUCAACAUGUAUAUUGCCAUCAUCCUGGAGAAUUUCAGCGUGGCCACAGAGGAGAGUGCAGACCCACUCAGUGAGGAUGACUUUGAGACCUUUUAUGAAAUUUGGGAGAAGUUUGACCCAGAUGCCUCCCAGUUCAUCACCUACGCCAAGCUUUCUGACUUUGCAGAUGCACUCGAACACCCACUCCGCGUGCCCAAGCCUAAUACCAUUGAACUGAUUGCAAUGGACAUGCCUAUGGUGAGUGGAGACCGCAUACACUGUCUGGACAUCCUCUUUGCCUUCACCAAGCGUGUGCUGGGUGACAGCGGCGAGUUGGACAUGUUGAGGCAACAAAUGGAGGAGCGUUUUGUGGCUGCCAAUCCUUCCAAGGUCUCUUAUGAGCCUAUCACCACCACUCUGAGACGCAAGCAGGAGGAUGUGUCUGCCAGAAUCAUUCAAAGGGCCUACCGCUCCUAUUUGGCCAGGCGGGGUUUUGUUUGUAAGCGCAAACCAACCAAUAACAAAGACGAGAAUGGUGGUAACAAUCGGGAACAAGAAAAGAAAGAGGGCACUCCCUCAACUGCCUCCCUGCCUUCUUAUGACAGUGUAACCAAACCUGAGAAGGAGAAACAGGACGACAACAAUGAGGGCAAAGGGGGAAGGAAAGAGAAAGGAAGAAACCAAAAAGACAUCAGGGAAUCCAAAUGUUAGGCCACUGGAUGUAUAUUCACAGUAAUAACAAAAAGAUGAUACUAAUGCGAGCGGAAACUCACCAACACAGUUGUACAGAUUAUUUCAUUUGCAAGUCAGAAAAAAAAAAGUCUUCAGUAAUUUUGUUUACAGACUUCAUUCUUAUAUUGAUGCAGAGAGAAGCAUCUUGGUCUGUUACAGCUUGAAGACUUGAACUUUAGUCAAACCAAACAUAAUCAGCAUACUGUGCGACUCUGUAUCUGGACUACUUAACAAAAAGUAAAUCAAAACAGACUGCGUCCCAUACCGCUCACUUAUGACUGGUCUUACAGAUAAGUUGAGCAAACUCUACACCAAGAGGUGAAAUGGAAAAAACAACAACAAAAAAAUCACGCGCCUGGAUGCAAGGAAUGGUUUUCUUAUGGAAGACAGUACUGUGAAAGACAACAAGGAUGCUGCUCGCUGCUGAAGAAACGCCUUCUUGCAGCAGCCACAGAGUGUUUCUGUGUCGUUUAAUACAGAAAUGUAUAAAGGAACAAAUGGCACACUCACUCUAUGAGCAAACAGAAGGUGAGUGAAAGACACAAAUAACCGUGUGAACUACUUUUUUUGUUUUAUUGAGCUAGAAAUUGUUUUCGUUUUGUUUUUUUGAGCAGCAAAAAUGCAAACAGAAGAAAAAAAAAGAACAAUAUCCAACAGUUUGCCCAUGUCAAUCAACUCUUCUACUCAUUUUAUCUUUGUUAUAAUCCACAUCGAAAUCCUUUUUUUAACAUGGGCUUUCACACCAAAUUGAAUAAGUGUCUGUUUAUUAUGGAGUCAACUCGGGCCAAGGGCUUAACAUUUACUCAGAAAGAUUUCCAAACAAAUAAUAAGUGUGCUUGUUCAAUGCAUAGAAAUGACUUGCAUGAUGGCAUGUUUUGAUCAGAAAUCUUUGCAUGAAUUAUCAUAGUCCACAAGACACUAAUACUCAGACCACAACGGUGGCUCGACUGUACGAUCAAGACAUGUUCGAAAUUUGAAAGUUCAGAGUAAUUUGUUCCACAAAGAUAAGCG